AUGGCGUUAGCACGGCCCGUAAGGGCAAUGAUCGUGUUCGCCGUCAUUCUCUGGUGCUUUGUCGUAUUUCAGAUCUUCAAGCCCAUGCCAGAGAGGCAUGGCCCCGGCGACCGAUAUCUCAACUUCGAGCGAGAUCCUAACCUCGACCCAACUGGCGAACCGGAAGGCAUCCUCACGCGCGCCUCUGAGAAAUAUCAUCCCAAUGCGAAGAAUACAGAUCGAAUCGAUGCCACAUUGCUGGCCUUGGUAAGAAACGAGGAAGUGGAUGACAUGGUGUCCUCAAUGAUCGAUCUCGAAAGAACCUGGAACAAAAAGUUCAACUACCCAUGGACUUUCUUCAACGACAAACCAUUCACAGAGGAGUUUAAGAAGAAAACAUCGGCUGUGACCAAGGCCAAGACCUACUACGAGGUUAUCCCAGAUGAGCAUUGGGACAAGCCAGCAUGGAUUGACGACCAGAUAUUCGCCGAGUCGGCAAAGGUUCUUGAGGAGAAUGGCGUGCAGUACGCGAGCAUGAUGUCCUACCACAAGAUGUGUCGCUGGAACAGCGGUCUCUUCUACAAGCACCCCGCCCUAAAGAACACACGCUACUACUGGCGUGUUGAACCCAAGGUGCACUUCUUUUGCGACAUUGAGUAUGAUGUCUUCCGUUACAUGUACGACAAUAAUAAAACCUACGGAUUCACUAUCAACCUGUACGACGACCCCAAGACUCUUCCAACCCUGUGGCCAGAAACGGUCAAGUUCUUGGCAGAGCAUCCGGACUACCUCCACGAGAACAGUGCUAUGAAGUGGCUUACCGAUGAUGUCCACCGUCCUGACCACAACCGCCAGGCCCAGGGAUACUCUACAUGCCACUUUUGGAGCAACUUUGAGGUCGCCGAUAUGGAAUUUUGGCGAAGCCAGGCGUACGAGGACUACUUCAACCAUCUCGAUCGUGCUGGAGGCUUCUUUUAUGAGCGAUGGGGCGACGCGCCUGUUCACAGCAUUGCUCUUGGAAUGCUCGAAGAUGCAAACAAGCUUCAUUGGUUCCGUGAUAUUGGGUAUCAACAUAUUCCCUUCUUCAACUGCCCGAACUCGAACAAAUGUAAAGGCUGCGUUACUGGCCGCUUUACUGAUGGAGAAGCCUGGCUCCAUCGCGAGGAUUGCAGACCUUCAUAUUUCCAGCAUGUUGGCAUGAGCUAA